CGCAGACCGCCGCGGCUCAGGGGCAUUGCCAGAUCACCGCCAGAUCCCAUGGCCUCGUCGUAGCCCAUCACUCGCACACCAUGGCCGGCCGCUACGCCUCCCUCCCGCCGCCCACGCGCGACUCGCUCGAGCUCGCGUCGCUGGCCUCGUCGUCGCACCCGUCGCGCCGCACCUCGCAGGACUCGCAGGACUCGUCGGCCGCGGGCGCGCCGUCGUCGCGGCUGUCGCUGGACGAUGAGGACCCGCUGUUCGAGCAGCAGCGCCCGCGCCACAACCGCUCGUACAGCGUGUCGUCGGCCUUUGACUUCGCCCCCAACCUCUUCCCGCUGUCCAGCACCGCCCAGGGCUACACCGCCCUGGGCGCGCCCGUCGACCCCGCCGCGCCCGCUGCCAACGCCGGCCUCGAGCGCACCAAGAGCCUGACCUUUGUCAACGGCCUGUCGCUGGUCAUCGGCCUGAUCAUCGGCAGCGGCAUCUUCUCGUCGCCGUCGCAGGUCAACAAGAACGCCGGCUCGCCCGCCGCCUCGCUGCUCGUCUGGGCCACCGCCGGCGUGCUGGCCUGGACCGGCGCCGCCAGCUAUGCAGAGCUCGGCGGCGCCAUCCCGCUCAACGGCGGCGCCCAGGUCUACCUGUCCAAGAUCUUCGGCGAGUGGGCCGGCUUCCUGUUCACCUGGUGCGCCGUGACGGUGCUCAAGCCCGGCUCGGCCGCCAUCAUCGCCAUCAUCUUCGGCGAGUACCUGGUGCGGGCGGUGAUUGGCGCCGACGCCGUCGAUGCCAGCGCCUGGCUCAACAAGGCCAUUGCCCUCGCGGGGCUGGUGCUCGUCACCGCCCUCAACUGCGUGUCCACCAAGCUCGGCACUCGCAGCGCCGACGUCUUCAUGUUCCUCAAGUUCUUCGCCCUGAUCAGCGUCUUCGUCAUCGGCAUCGUCGUCGCCGCCACCGGCCUCUCCUACCGCGGCGACGCCAACACCGACUGGAAGACCCAGGGCUGGUUCGACAACACCUCGCACGACAUCAGCAACUGGGCCGUGGCCCUGUACGCGGGGCUCUGGGCCUUUGAUGGAUGGGAUAAUGUCAACUACGUCACGGCCGAGUUCAAGAACCCCGCCCGCGACCUGCCCCGCGUCAUCCACACCUCCCUCCCGCUCGUCAUCCUCUGCUACAUCCUCGCCAACAUCUCCUAUUUCCUCGUGCUGCCCGCCCACGUCAUCGAGUCCUCCAACACCGUCGCCGUCGCCUUUGGCAGCCAAGUCUUCGGCCCCGUCGGCGCCUUCAUCCUCGCCCUCUUCGUGUCCGGCAGCUGCUUCGGCGCCCUCAACGCCACAACCUUCACCUCCGGGCGCCUCGUCUACGCCGCCGGCAAAGAAGGCUACUUGCCCGCGCUCUUCGGCCGGCUAGGCCUCGGCGCCGCCCCGCGCGCCCUGCGCCCGCGCUCCUCACCUCGCCUCUCCUCCUGGUUCGCCGACGACGCCGGCUUCUUCCACACCCCGAUCGCCGCCAUGCUGCUCAACGCCGCCCUCACCGCCGUCUACAUCCUCACCGGCUCCUUCGACUCGCUCGUCACCUUCUACGGCGUCGCCGGCUACUCGUUCUACUUCCAGACCGUCCUCGGCCUCAUCGUGCUGCGCGUGCGCGAACCCGAUCUCGACCGCCCUUACAAAACGUGGAUCUCCACGCCCAUUAUCUUCUGCUGCGUUAGCUUGUUCCUGCUCAGUCGCGCCGUGUUUGCCGAGCCCGUGCAGACGCUGCUGGUUGUGGCGUUUAUGGCCGCUGGGUUGCUGGUGUGGUUUUCGUGGGUUGGGAGGAGGCGUGCAAAGGGCCAGCGGUUUCGGAAUUUGGAGCAGGGGGAGAAGGGGAACGGGUGGCGGUUCUGGCGGCGCUGGACGGCUGCGUAGAUACGGUAAUCAUGAUUGAUGCUUGGAGUGUGCUCCUGCUGCUGGCCGU